AUGUAUAAUCGAAGGUUUAACCCAGGGUAUCCUUUGAUUGUAAGAGAUUUACCUUUGGAUAUCGAUGCAAACUAUUUAGCUUCAUAUCUUGGGCAGGUAGCGCCGAUCCUUGAAUGCAGAAUUGAAGGAACAAUAGGUUUUAUCAAAGCAGAAAGCGAAAAUGCAGCUAAUUUGAUUAUUGCACGACUUAACUACAGUAAAUUCAAUAAUAUUCCCAUACAAAUAAUUAAAUAUGAUGACGAAAAUCGGAGAAUAUCAGCCGAUGGAAUUGGAAUUGUGAUAGUUAGAGGCUUACCGCCAAAUAUUGAAAUAAUCGAUGUUAACAGAUUCUUCAGCCGCGUCGGUGAAGUUUUAAACGUACAAAUUCCUCGUACAGAUUGGGGAUCUCUUGGAUUUGCUUUUGUUCAGUAUAAAAAUCCAAGUAAUGCAUACAAGGCAGCAACAGAACUUACUGGAUUCAAGGUAGGAGAUAAUAUCUUAAGUGUGGAAGUAAUUAAAAAAAAUGGAGCGAUAAUGAAGAUUAGUCAACCUUCAAACAUUCAAAUUCAGCAGCCAACAAGAAAACAAAUCACUGCCAGAAUAGGAGAUAGCCAUAAAGCAACUAAUUAUCGCGGAUAUAAUAAUUCUUCUGCUGCUCAGCAACCAAUUAAUGUUUCGGUUCCGAAGAAGCAACUAAAUUCCAUGGCUCACAUAAAUAUAGUGAGAUCAGCUGAAACCAGAGGUAGAUACGAGAUCACCAUUUAA